UGGCCCUCGGUUUGCACCACAGACAGGUUCACAGUGAAGGCUCCAAGUUACCGGGAACCCGACCUGAGGCAGAAUCCCCGCUUCCUGGUGGGCCUGCGGUCCCACCUGUUGCCACAGGGCUGCGAGUGCUGCAUGAGCUGCGCCGUGCAGGGCAGGCCGCAGCCCCGUGUCACCUGGUUCAGGAACGACCAGAGCCUGGAAGGAAACCCCACCGUGUAUAGCACGGAUGUGCUGGGCGUGUGCUCCCUCGUCAUCCCCAGUGUCACCCCUGAGGACAGCAGUGAGUACAAGGCUGUGGCUGAGAGCACGCUGGGCCAGGCUGUGAGCACUGCCAUCCUCAUUGUCAUAG